AUGCUGAAAAGAGCAGCUGGUGAAAUUUUGAGGAAGAGCGCAGACGAUGUGGUUGUGCUGUCGGCAGUGCGAAGCCCUAUUGCCCGGGCGUUCAAGGGCGGAUUCAAGGAUUCAUACCCCGAAGAGAUCCUGAUGCCAGUUAUGCAAACCGCCGUUCAACGUGCCAACAUUGAGCCGGACCAAGUCAACGACGUCCUAAUUGGAAACGUGUUAGCCGAGCUGGGAUUCGCCAAAACAGGACGCAUGGCUCUCAAUGCUGCGGGAUUUCCAAAUUCCACAACAUUCCACACAAAUAACAGACAGUGCUCGAGUAGUCUGCAGGCAAUCACGCACAUAUCUCAUGCCAUUUUAGCUGGUCAGAUUGAUGUCGGGCUUGGGGGCGGGGUUGAAAGUAUGACCCGCAACUAUGCCACUCGUGGCAUUCCCGUCGAUAUUUCUCCUACACUGAAAGAGUCGGUGAAAGAUGCCCGGGAUUGUAUUUUACCUAUGCUGAAGACAUCUGAGAAUGUUGCCGAGCGUUACAAUAUCUCGCGUCGGGAGCAGGAUGAAUUUGCGGCAGAGAGUCAACGGCGGGCGAGUGAAGCACAGCGCUCUGGUAAAUUUGUUGAUGAGAUUGUGCCAAUUACAACCCGGUUAAUUAGCGAGGGCAUUGAUGAACAUACCAUUCAGGUGAUAGAGAGUGAUGAAGGUAUUCGCCAUAAUGUCACGGCGGACAAACUGUCGACUCUCAAGCCUGUUCUUGAGAAUGGAUUCAGCACGGCAGGGAACUCAUCCCAAAUCUCCGACGGAGCAUCCAGCACCAUUAUAGCCCGUCGAUCGUGGGCUGAGAUGCACGGCCUGAAGCCAAUUGCCCGAUUUGCUGGCACCCAGGUAGCAGGAUGUGCACCUGAUGAGAUGGGAAUCGGACCUAUCUAUGCUAUUCAGGCGCUGUACAAGUACCUGGGCAUUGAGAAGAAGGAUGUCGACAUUUUCGAAAUGAAUGAGGCGUUCGCCAGCCAAUCUAUCUAUUGCAUCCGCGAGCUAGGUCUGGACAUGGACAAAGUCAACCCUAAUGGAGGUGCGAUUGCCCUCGGACAUCCUGUGGGCGCCACUGGAGCAAGGCAGACUGCUACUCUUUUGGCCGAGUUGAGAAGGCAGGAUAAGGAGAUUGGCAUUGUGAGCAUGUGCGCCAGGUGA